AUGUCGCUCACCCUGCACACAACCGCAUCGCGGCCUGAAAACGUCGGCCAAAACCCCCUUCCUCAACUGCUCCAGGUCCCAUCUGGACUGGCGCUUCUUGAACUCCAGGGGACUAUCAACCUCCCAGACCAUACGGAUGAUGACAGAGAGCCAGGUGAAUCAACAUUACAAUCACAAGAAACCCCUAUUGGGCGUCUAAUUUUUCCUCUCUUCGACGCCGACGAUCCUGGCAGCACGGCAUGGAUGACGCGUGUCCAUCUGUAUGUUGGCAAGCACCAAAGACUCACUGGUGAGGUCAAGAAGUUGCCCAAAGCAAUUGCUAUCAUUAGGAAAAGAACUGGCCGCCCAUCACCAGCAGAGGGAAUGGACUCCGAGCAAAAUGAUGAGCUGGAGGUUGUGGAGAUUGUUAAAUACAAGAUCAUGUUCUCUUCACGACCAGAGCCAGUGGGUGCUGAUCCAAUUGAUGACUGA